CAACCCCCCCCCCAUAUUUUGGUUUUUCCUUCCUCUCCUUCAACCAUGUUCUGUGGUAGAGACUAAGUGGGGUGACAAGGAGCCAGGCGCCUGGGCUACCAAGAAUCCUGCCUUCAGGUAAAAGGAUGGAGAACAAAGCGAUGUACCUGCACACCUUUGGUGAGAGAGAGAAUGGGUCCAUCUUCGAAGAGCCGUUUGAUGGAAAGAACGGGUCGAAGAUGAACCUCUGUGAUGAUGGUCCAGGCGGCAAGAAGAAAUCGCCCGGCCCCUGUGGCCAUCUUGGAUCCUUGGCGGCUCUCAAAUAUGCCGUGGUCGGGCUCUACUUGCUUGUGUUCCUGAUCCUCGUGGGAGUUUUCAUCCUCGCAGUGUCCCGGCCUCAGAGCUCUCCAGAAGACCUGAAGGCGCUCAUGGGGAACGUGAACCGGUUAAACGAAAGCUUCCGCGAUCUUCAGCUCAAGGCGACACAGCAGCAACCCUUGAAAGGAGACUUCCUGGACCACGUCUGGCGACUGCAAGACCUUCUCCAGAACCACUCCGACUCUCUCCUGGAGGUGACCGGCUCGCUUCAGAAACUGGAAGGGGCCCUGGGGCGCCUGCGGGCCCAGGCGGCUCAGGCAGACCACGCCGUCUCCGGCCUGCGGGACAGCCUGAACCAGCAAAGCGACCUGGUGCAGAUGGAGCUGUACAAGCUGUCCGUGGAGGGCAACAGUAGCCGCCUCCUGCUGAGACACCACGAGGCCUGGCUGGGCGAGCUGGCCGCCCACGUGGAGAGCUUGAGCGACCAGCUGACCGAGGUGGGUGGGGACGUGGGCACCAUGAACCGGAGCCUUUCGUACGACGUGGGCAUCCACCACACCCGCAUCCAGGACCUGCAGGUGCUGAUCAGCAAUGCCACCGAGGACGCCCGGCAGAUGCGCCUGGUCCACAUCGCCAUGGAGCAGCAACUCAAACACGAACUGGCCGUCCUCAACAAUGUGACGGAGGACCUCCGGCUCAAGGACUGGGAGCACUCCAUCGCCCUGAGGGACAUCUCCGUCAUUCGAGGGCCACCGGGACCAAAAGGAGAUCAAGGCAUUGAAGGGAUAGAAGGCGAGCCUGGCCCUCCAGGCUUACCUGGGCUGCAAGGGUUCCGUGGGGAAAAAGGACCAAUGGGACCACGUGGGGCCAAGGGGGACCAAGGAGACAUUGGCCCACGAGGCAUGCCCGGCCCCCGCGGAAUCACAGGCUCAAAGGGCGAGAAAGGAGAGAAAGGAGACCAAGGUGGAGAAACAGUACCUGCCCCGGAGGAGGCGAUCAUCCGUCUGGUGAACGGCUCGGGCCCCCAUGAAGGGCGAGUGGAAGUUUUCCACGAUCACCAGUGGGGAACGGUUUGUGACGACAGCUGGGACAAGAAAGAUGGCGACGUGGUCUGCCGGAUGUUGGGCUUCAGAGGGGCCGAGGAAGUUUUCAGGAUGGCCGUAUUUGGGCAAGGGAAAGGACGUAUCUGGAUGGACGACGUGGCUUGCAAGGGAACGGAGGACAGCGUGUUCCAGUGUAGCUUUUCCAAGUGGGGCAAAACAAACUGUGGGCACGCCGAGGAUGCUGGAGUGAAGUGCCUGAUGCAGUAACAAGGAACGUUUGGCAACCGGAGACUGAACCGAAGAUCUGUCAAAAGGGAAACCAGGAGGCGUCCGAAGCUGGCCAGUCCUAGCAGACGUCUUGCUUCCCUUCUGCCAGCAACCGGCUUCCAGAGGAAGGCCAUGAGCCGCCUCUGCCUUUGUUAUCUCUCAGGGCUUGAUGUAGAGCAGCCUUCCCCAACCGGCUGCCCUCCAGCAGUGUUGGGCUACAACGCCCAUAAUCCCACAGCCAGCUGUGUGGGUUGAAGUCCAACAUAUCUGGAGAGGCUGCCAGGUUGGAGGCAGGUGCUGUAGACUCUACUGUAAUUCUUCCACCCGCCCCGUGGUCCUGCUAUGGUGAGCUUUGAUCCGUUUCCACAUUGUAUGGCUUCUCUUUCCUCACAUGCAGGCAAAAGUUCUGGGGUGCUGCCCAGCCAUUUAAGCCUUCCAUUCUCAGCAGCACUGCUCUCAUGACACAGACUUUGACUAUCUGGCAAUGCCGGUCCCGUUACUGCAAGCCAUGCGUGAUGCCA